CCGGGAGGACGACCGCCGGUCAACCAGGUUAGAAACAGAAGCGGAAACGUGGUAGUGUCUGGGUGCCGCCUAUCAGGCCGGCCUGACACAACGAGUGGAGAUGGAGAUUGUGUACGUGUACACCAAGAAGCGCAAUGAGUUUGGACGCCAAUGCAACUUCUCUGACCCCGGCGAGCUGCACGUUGACAUAUUGCCCGAUCCGAGCCUGGCCGCCGACUACAUUUCUCGCAACCCGUGUGACAUCGGAGUGCAGUGCGUACAGGAGAUGUCCGAGCACGAGGUGAACACGGAACGCUUUGACACAGAAAGUAAAGGUGUAAACCAUGUGGAAGGUGGCUGGCCAAAAGAUGUCAAUCCGCAGGAAGCAGAGCAGACCAUUCGCUACCGCAAGAAAGUGGAGAAGGAUGAAAAUUACGUGAACAUCAUCACACACUUGGGCACUAUGAUGGAGCACUGUGUGAAGCAGAAUAAUGCCAUCAAUAUCUACCAGGAGUACUUUGAGGCUGAGUCUGUGGAGGUGGAGGAGGAGCAGCCUUCUGCUAAAACAAUCAACGUUUUUCAAGAUCCAAAUGAGCUGAAACGAACAGCCACACACCUGUCAUGGCACCCCGAUGCAGGACGUAAGCUGGCAGUGGCUUACUCCUGUCUGGAAUUCCAAGGGGCCACGUCGGGCACAAGCUCCGACUCCUACAUUUGGGACAUAGAAACCCCCAAUAAGCCGGAACUCACUCUGAAGCCAGCAUCUCCCCUCGUGUGCCUGGAGUACAACCCGAAGGACUCACACAUCCUCGUGGCUGGCUCAUACAAUGGCCAGAUUGCCUAUUGGGACACACGCAAGGGCUGUCAGCCCGUGGAGACCACGGCCAUCGAGCACAGCCACCGGGACCCCGUCUACAAGGUCAUCUGGCAGCAGUCCAAGACCGGCACCGAGUUCUUCUCGUGCUCCACCGACGGGCAGGUGCUGUGGUGGGACGUGCGCAGGAUGACGGAGCCCAUGGAACGCCUCGCGCUCGACCCUGCCAAGAAAGGGGAUUUAGACAACGCAAUGGGAGCCACCUGUCUGGAGUUUGAGCCCACCAUGCCCACCAAGUUCAUGGUGGGGACAGAGCAGGGGAUGGUGGUGUCCUGCAACCGCAAAGCCAAGACCCCGGCGGAGAAAAUCGUGGGCACCUACAGCGGCCAUCACGGUCCUGUCUACGCCCUGCAGCGACAUCCGUUUUUUCCCAAAAACUUCCUGACCAUUGGAGACUGGACCGCUCGCAUCUGGUCAGAAGAAAUCCGUGACUCGUCCAUCAUGUGGACAAAGUACCACAUGUCGUACCUGACCGACGGCUCUUGGAGUCCGGUGCGCCCGGCCGUCUUCUUUACCACCAAGAUGGAUGGCUCGCUCGACGUGUGGGACCUGCUGUUCAAGCAGAACAAUGCGACUCUCACUCUGCAGGUGAGCGAUGAGCCCCUGCACAGCCUGCGGAUUCAGGACAAUGGGCGGUUUUUGGCGUGUGGGUCCCAGAACGGCACAGCGACGCUCCUGGAGCUCUCCUCCGGUCUCUCGUCACUGCAGCGCAAUGAGAAGGCUCUCAUCACUGCAAUGUUCGAGCGGGAGACAAAGCGAGAGAAGAUCCUGGAGGCGCGACACCGGGAGAUGCGUUUGAAGGAGAGGGGCCGCUCGGAGCAGGGACGUGACGAGGAAGGGCGCGAGAGCCAGGCCGAGGAGUCUCGCCACGACCUGGUGGCGCGGGCCGAGCGCGACUUCUACCAGGCGAUCGAGGAGGAGCGCAGCCGCCACGCGGCUAAGGAGAGCCGCCGGCACGGCGACGACGAGCAGGAAAAGGGAGCUCUGGAGGAGGAGGAGUACGAAGGAAAAAAGUGCGAGUGAAGCCGCCGCCGUCUGUCUGCAGGAUUAGCCAGGAACUGGCUGCACCGAGCGUGGAGCCACGAUCGGCAGCGCGAGACGCGGGCUCUGCACCACCGGUCUCAUCGACGGGGAUAGCCUCGUGCACUCCAU